GCACCGCCCCUCCUCUCCCCACCGGAAGUGACGUCAGCCCGCCAUGAUGCGCUGACCAAUGAGGCGCCUCGGCCACGCCCACGAGGGGCGGGGCCAGGCGGGAGAAGAUGGCGGCGCCCGUGAGGGACCGGGAGGCGCUGCAGAGGCUGAACUUCCUCUUCCAGGCCGCUCACUGGGCGCUGCCGCGGAGCCGGGGCCUGGCGCGGUUCCUGUGCAGCAGCCAAAGGGCGGCGGCGCGGAGACUCGUCCUGAGAAUGGCCCCGUCCAUCAAACGCCGUCUCUGUCGCCGCUGCUGCUCCCUCCUGGUGCCCGGAGCCGGGGCCGGGCUGAGGCUGCGAGGGCGUGGCCAGCCCCGCCUCGUCCUGCGCUGCCUCUGCUGCGGCCGCUGCCGGCGUUACCUGUGCACACCUGAGCCACGCCCACCUGAGCCACGCCCACCCGAGCCACGCCCACCCGAGCCACGCCCACCCGAGCCACGCCCACACACCCAGGACACACCCACGGGUCAGGACACGGAAAUCCAAAUAUGGGAAUGUGGGAGGGGCUAAACCCAAAUAAGGGAA